CUUGAAAACCCUAAACACUUUGUUCUUUAACAUGGUAUCAGCUUCCCAGGGGUGAUCUGCGGCCGCCUCCUCGACCGCACCCAUGACAGCCAACGGGGACUCCGACGACACUUCCGGCACCCCGCUCAACAUGGCUUCCGGUUCAACCUCUAUCUCUAUCAAUCUACCAAAACUUAAUAUUCUCUUGGAUCGUUCGAAUUACAUGCUAUGGCGUCACACAGUUCGCUCGGCUCUUGAAGCUUUCGAGCUUGAUGAUUUCCUCUCCUCUAAAGCCAUGCCUAAUCCAUUGGUCAAGCCUACCGAUUCCACUAGUUCAACGCCGGUUGCAAAUCCAGUGUAUCUCGAAUGGCGAAAGAAGGACAGGUUAAUUCUUCUUUGGAUCCGUUCCAUGUUAACUACACCAUUACUUGUUCAUGUUGCACGCGCUACAUCCACCCAUGAAGCGUGGGAUAUUUUAUCACGCAUGUUUUAUUCUCAAAAUCGCGCUCAACUCAUGCAUCUCAAAACACAACUCCAACAAUUUCCAAAAGGUGAUUUAUCCAUCUUGGAUUAUGUUGAAAAGAAACGGUCCUUUUCUGAUGCAUUAGCUGAAUGUGAUUAUAUUGUUCCUGAUGAGGAGUUUGUUGAAAGUAUUCUUAAUGGCCUUGAUGCAUCAUAUUCGGCCUUUCGUUCUGCCUUCAAUUUGCAUUCGGAACUCAUUAGUUCUCAUGAUCUACUUGGUCUACUGCUGCGUGAGGAAGCCCGCCUGAAUUCAGAGAGAACUAGCUCCCUAACUGCCACUGCAUUGGCAGCUACCCGGUCGGGUGCAGGGGGAACCCGGUCGGGUUUGCCAGACAGUAGGGGUGACUUCGUAUCCAGUUCACGCCCAAUUUGCCAAAUCUGUCAAAAACCAGGUCAUGAAGCCGUCAAUUGCUGGCACAGGGCAAAUUUUGACACCUAUCCCGAGACCAAGCCACGACAACCUUCUCGUCGUGGACAGCAGCAGCCCCGCCGUGGACAGCCGCGUCGUGGUCCGCAAUCUCAAGCUUCCAUGCCGGGUUCUGUCUAUAACACUCAAGCUCCUCCAGCUCUCAAUCCUAUUCCUUUACCGCCAGGCCAGCAAGCUUAUCAGGUUCAGAAUCCUCCUUCAACUCUACUUGACCCGUGGUGUUUUGAUUCUGGCGCAACAAAUCAUGUCACAGCUGAUUUUGGUAAUCUCUCUGUUCAUUCCAAUUACACCGGUAAUGAAGGGUUACAAGUUGGUAAUGGAUCUCCAAGGACGGACGUUACUCACCGGACGCGUUGAAAAUGGACUGUAUCACCUUCAACCACCCCAUACUACAUCUCCCUCUCCUCGCAUUUACCUCGGUGAAAAGACGUCUCUCCAAACUUGGCAUCACCGUUUUGGACAUCCACAUGAGUCUGUUUUGCGUCGAUUAGUUUCUAGAUUUAAUUUACCUAUUUCUUCAAAUAAAUUAUCUUCAAUUUGUGAAUCUUGUCAAUUAGGGAAAAGUCAUCGACUUUCCCUAACUAGUACUCACUCCUCUAGUUUGCAUCCUUUUGAUUUGAUUUAUUCUGAUGUGUGGGGCCCAGCCCCGGUGAAUUCCUUUAAUGGCAAUAAGUAUUUUGUUAUUUUUGUU